AGGGUUUCUCAUUUACAAAGGAACCAAGCUCGUUCCCAGCCUCCUCACUUUAUCCACUCUGCUCCCCUUCAACCUAAACACCUAAUUGGAAAUUUUCAGCUCAGAUUCAGCUCACAAGGAUUUGGAAAGAUGGCGCCUGUGUUGAGCAGGAGUCUGGUUUCUGUUCCGGUCGCUGCAAUUCCGUGCAACCCGUCGUUUUCGGCCAAUGGUUGCAGGAAGAUGAGGAUGAACAGGGGUUUGUUGAGAAGCGCGUUUUUGCCUGGUAAUGGAUUGAAGAGCAGCGUCUUGCAAUGGAAGAAGACGCGGAAGGAGAGCGGUGUGGCGGUGAGAUGUGAGGCUGCUUCCGUCGCUGAGAAGGAGGCUCCUGAGAACGCUGAAGAGUUGUAUGAGUAUCAGGCUGAGGUGAGUCGUUUGAUGGAUUUGAUAGUCCACAGUUUGUAUAGCCACAAGGAAGUGUUCCUUCGAGAGCUCGUGAGUAAUGCUAGUGAUGCUCUUGAUAAAUUGCGAUUCCUAAGUGUGACUGAGCCUGAAUUGCUUGGGGAUGCUGGCGAGCUAGAGAUUCGGAUCAAACCUGAUCCGGACAAUGGAACCAUCACAAUAACGGACACUGGUAUUGGUAUGACGAAAGAAGAGCUUAUUGACUGCCUUGGAACAAUUGCUCAGAGUGGUACUUCUAGGUUUCUGAAGGCAUUGAAGGAGAACAAGGAUCUUGGGGCUGACAAUAGCUUGAUUGGUCAAUUUGGUGUUGGAUUCUAUUCGGCUUUCCUGGUUGCCGAACGGGUGGUUGUGACAACAAAGAGUCCCAGGUCCGAUAAGCAGUAUGUUUGGGAGGGUUCUGCUGACAGCAGUUCCUAUGCAAUAAAGGAAGAAACUGACCCCGAGAACUUCCUAAGCAGAGGCACUCAAAUCACCCUUUAUCUGAGGGAGGAUGACAAAUAUGAAUUCUCGGAGCCUACGAAGAUUCAGAGUUUGGUCAAGAACUACUCACAAUUUGUUUCCUUCCCCAUUUACACGUGGCAAGAAAAGUCAAGAACUAUUGAGGUAGAAGAAGAGGAAGAACCAAAGGAGGGAGAAGAAGUGCCUGAGGGAGAGAAGAAGAAGACCAAGAAAACCAAAACUGAAAAGUACUGGGAUUGGGAAUUAGCCAAUGAAACUAAACCUAUUUGGAUGCGCAGUCCAAAAGAAGUCGAAAAGGAGCAGUAUCAAGAAUUUUACAAGAAGACAUUCAAUGAGUUUUUGGAUCCACUAGCCUAUAGCCAUUUUACUACUGAGGGUGAGGUGGAGUUUAGAAGCGUGCUCUAUAUUCCAGGAAUGGCACCUCUUAACAAUGAAGAGGUUAUCAAUCCCAAAACCAAAAACAUCCGUUUAUAUGUUAAACGUGUGUUCAUUUCUGAUGAUUUUGACGGCGAGCUGUUCCCAAGAUACUUGAGCUUUGUGAAGGGUGUGGUGGACUCGGAUGAUCUUCCUCUUAAUGUUUCAAGGGAGAUCCUUCAGGAGAGUCGAAUUGUAAGGAUAAUGAGAAAGAGACUGGUUAGGAAGACGUUUGACAUGAUUCAAGAUCUCGCUGAAAGCGAGGACAAAGAGGAUUACAAGAAAUUUUGGGAAAAUUUUGGGAGAUUUUUGAAGUUGGGAUGCAUUGAAGACACUGGGAAUCACAAGAGGAUAACCCCGCUAUUGAGGUUUUUCUCUUCCAAGAGUGAGGAAGAGCCGAUAAGUUUGAAUGAUUACGUCGAGAACAUGGGUGAGAAACAAAAUGCCAUCUAUUACUUGGCUACGGACAGUUUAAAAAGUGCCAAGUCAGCUCCUUUCUUGGAAAAAUUGGUCCAGAAAGAUAUUGAGGUGCUUUACCUAAUCGAGCCUAUUGAUGAAGUAGCCAUCCAGAAUUUACAGACGUACAAGGAAAAAAAAUUCGUUGACAUUAGCAAGGAGGAUCUUGAGCUUGGGGACGAGGAUGAGGUGAAGGAGCGGGAGACUAAGCAAGAGUAUAAUCUCCUUUGUGAUUGGAUUAAACAGCAGCUCGGCGAUAAGGUCGCUAAAGUGCAAGUCUCGAAACGUUUGAGCUCGUCACCAUGUGUACUUGUUUCUGGAAAAUUCGGAUGGUCCGCGAACAUGGAGAGAUUGAUGAGAGCGCAGACGCUCGGAGACACUACAAGCCUCGAAUUCAUGAGGGGAAGGAGGAUAUUGGAGAUAAAUCCCGACCAUCCAAUUGUGAAAGAUCUCAACGCGGCGUGCAAGAACGCACCGGAAAGCACUGAUGCCAAGAGGGCUGUUGAGCUACUAUUCGACACUGCCUUGAUCUCUAGUGGCUUUACUCCGGACAGCCCUGCCGAGCUCGGCAACAAAAUCUACGAAAUGAUGGCUAUGGCACUCGGAGGAAGGUGGGGCCGGUUCGAGGAUGAAGACAAUGAAGCAGAAGAAGAAUCGACGGAAAGUGCGGAAGCAGACGACACCGACGACGGAUCGGAAACUCAAGUCAUCGAACCAUCUGAAGUGAGAACUGAGAGUGACCCGUGGAACGAGUAAAUUAGGUACAAUUGCCACAAAGUAGUCAGAAUUUCUACAGCAAUUAGUAUCAUUAUUAUUAUAUGUUCACAAAUUUUGAUGAAGACAUAUGCUCAAUGAAAGCUCCUGUAUUUCAAUAUAUAUAUAUAUAUAUGCUUUUUUAUUGGUA